GGCGAAGCUCACAUCCUCCACACAGACACACACCUCCCUCCGUGAGCACAGCCUAGGUGAGGCGCUCCCUGUGCCAAGAGCCAGCCGGCCGGCCGGCCGCCACCCCUCAUGCAGCCGCACCACCCACACGACCGGGAGACUCACUUUCUGCCCAUCGACAACAAGAACUGCUGUGUGUUCCGGGAUGAAUUCAUCGCCAAAGUCCUGCCGCCCGUGUUGGGGCUGGAGUUUGUGUUUGGGCUCCUGGGCAAUGGCCUGGCCCUGUGGAUCUUCUGCUUCCACCUCAAGUCCUGGAAGUCCAGCCGGAUCUUCCUAUUCAACUUGGCCGUGGCCGACUUCCUCCUGAUCAUCUGCCUGCCGUUCCUGAUGGACAACUACAUGAGGAAGUGGGACUGGAAGUUUGGGGACGUCCCCUGCCGGCUGAUGCUCUUCAUGCUGGCCAUGAACCGCCAAGGGAGCAUCAUCUUCCUCACCGUGGUGGCCGUGGACAGGUACUUCCGGGUGGUCCACCCCCACCACGCCCUCAACAAGAUCUCCAACCGGAAGGCGGCCAUCGUCUCCUGCUUCCUGUGGGCCCUCACCAUCGGCCUGACGGUGCACCUCCUGUACAAGAAGAUGCUGGUCAAGAACCACGACGCCUACCUGUGCAGCAGCUUCAGCAUCUGCAAUACCUUCCGCUGGCACGACGCCAUGUUCCUCCUGGAGUUCUUCCUGCCCCUGGGCAUCAUCCUGUUCUGCUCCAUCCGCAUCGUCUGGAGCCUGCGGCAGCGGCAGAUGGACCGGCACACCAAGAUCAAGAGGGCCAUCACCUUCAUCAUGGUGGUGGCCAUCGUCUUCGUCAUCUGCUUCCUGCCCAGCGUGGCCGUGCGCAUCCGAAUCUUCUGGCUCCUGCACACGAUGGACAACCACGUGACGGAAGAGACCUGCGGCAUCUACCGCUCAGUGGACCUGGCGUUCUUCAUCACCCUCAGCUUCACCUACAUGAACAGCAUGCUGGACCCUCUGGUGUACUAUUUCUCCAGCCCGUCUUUCCCCAACUUCUUCUCCGCCUUGAUCCACCGCUGCUUCCGCAAGAAGAAGCCGGAGGAGCCGGAUAAUAAUCGGAGCACAAGCAUCGAGCUCACGGGGGACCUGAGUGCGUCCAGGAGCGUCCCGGGCGCUCUGAUGGCCGAAUCCGGGGAGCCGUGGAGCCCCUCUUACCUGACUGCAGCCUCUCGCUAAGCAGCUAAGGAGGGAGACUGUCACCAAGAACCAACGUCUCUGGAGAAACCGUGCCGUGCGGCCGGUGCCCAGAGGAACACCAUGAAGCACGGCUUGCGGUUUCUGGGCCCGGCCCGGCCCGGAGGACCUGACUCAGAGGAUCGGUGUGGGUGGAGUGGGCCGCUUGCUGCAGGGACGGCAGACAUCUCGGAGGAACGGAGAGCGAAACUUCCGCUCCAUCCUGGACACCCGCGGAACUGAAGGCGGCAAAACUGUCCAGGUUCCCUGCCCAGCGAAGUGGGAGCCACAGAGACGCCGAUCGGUCGGCACCUGUGAUUCAUGGGGCGUCUGCCCUUCGCCUGCCUGAGGCUUGGCUGGUUCUCAGCUCCUGGGGCCCGUGCCUGGCCUGUUCCCGGCUCCGGCUCCGGCUGGGGAAAGGAGAACGAAGUGAUUGAGAGGAGUUGCCGCUCCUGGCGGGAGCCCAGGCAUCGUUUCCCAAGGCCUCGACCACCUGGGGCUCCUUGGGACCAAUUCAUCUUGCAGCCAAGCUUUAGCAGAACUGGACUAGACAGACUCAUGAACUUCGGUUACCAUCCCAGGUCCCCGCUGCGAUAAGAAGGGGCUUAGCCCGAGAGAGACAGUGUUACUAAGGGAAGGAAACAGGCAUUUGUGCUGCAGCCGGCAAUUAAUCCAUUCCUCCCUGUUGACACACAUUGGAAGGCUGAGCCGUUAAAAAGGCUUCAGGGAAAAGAGCUGCUCCCACCUGUUUGCUUUUGUCAUUAAAAGGGAGAUGCCGGCUGGUUGCCGCGGGAGGAUGCCUCCCGGCUCAUUUGCGUGUGUUUCUGUACUUGUGAGAAAUCCACCCCGUCCAUACAACUUGGAAGUGGGACACAGUCUGGGCUUGCAUGUGUCUGGGUGACAGGUCACAGAAAUGGGAAUGCUUGCUCAAGCAGGGACCUUUAUGGGUUGUGAACUGUGUCCUGGUAGAAAAAUAUCGUCUCCUGUAAUGUGAGAAGGCCGAGGACGCUGAGACGGCGAAGUUAAAAUUCCACAUGCAUUGGGGCCAGGGCAGGCAGGCCAGGGCAUAAGUAAAAAAAAACCACUCCGUUC